CUUCACAACAUUAUUGAAAGUGAACAUCAAGAUGAAUUACAAAUUAUCUAGAAAAUUUAAUGAGACGGACAUCGGUCCUAUCAAGUUGAGUAACCCAUCAACUUCUACACCAAGCCCAGGGGGCAUUUUGACAGUAACACUUCAUGAGGGUAUUGGCCUUUCCGUAGCGGAGAAUUACAAGGAAAGCUCUAACGGCGAGGAACAUAAUCACCAUGCGGGGCGCCGCCCGCCUGUCUGUGCGCGAUGCAACUAUCCGUAUGCGCUUUUAGAUUAUGAAAAAUCUCAGGCGACUCUCGACUGUUACUGGGGGACAACUGAAAGUCCUGUAUGGAAGUCCCAGUUUGCUACAUGUAAAUUCGACGUUUCGAGCUUUUCUGAGUUGACAAUAUAUCUUUACAUUCGGGAUCCUAGUCGCUCUUUGAAGAGUCGCGAUGUUUGUCUGGGUGUAGCACGGGUAAACCCCUUUGACGGACUUGAGCAGUCCGAAGUACGUUGGCUGGAACUGCAAGAUGGUAUGGGGAAGCUACGCAUUAGCUUUGAAUAUGCGAACCCUGAAAAUAGAACGUUAGAAGAGAGGGACUUCGAACGUGGAACACCUAUCUUCGGUAUAUGGACCUCUGGUAUUAUUAAGAAAGACACCCAGCGAGUAUAUGCCGAAUCGAAGAUUAGAACAACCCAGCUUAAUUCUCAGCCUAAGUUGGAAAGAAUUUGGGAUUACCAGGUCAGCCAUCCUUUUAUAGCAUCGCUCUCAUUUGCUUUCGAAUCAUCAGAGGGUUUAACCCUCCUUUCUCCAUAUAUCAGCGGCGGGCCCCUUUUCAGUCAACUUCAGAAGGAUCGAUGCUUCGAUGUUGAUAGAUCCCGACUUUACGCUGCUGAGAUUACCUGUGCAUUAGAGUAUCUACACAGUACUCGCAAGGUCUUCUCCUGGUUGAAGCCUAGAAAUGUUCUUCUUGAUUCAUUCGGCCAUGUUGUUUUAUGCGGCUUCGGCCCUUUCAAUUCUCAUGUCAAGAGCGGGAACCAUGGGACACCUGAGUAUCCAGCACCGGAACUGCUUCUUGGCCAAGCUGAAUCCAUGACGGCAGACUGGUGGACAUUAGGAGUCUUUCUCUACGAAAUGCUGACAGGACUACCCCCAUUCUAUGACGAGGACCACAGUAAGAUACGCCAAAAGAUCCUCUCUCAACCUGUCCGGUUUCCCAACUCCUUUCCUUCCAUUGCCAAGGAUUUUAUAAUCAAACUUCUUGACCGCGACCAUGGGCAGCGUCUGGGGGCUAAUGAAGGUGCCUCAGAGGUCAAAUCUCAUCCCUUUUUUGACGGUGUGGAUUGGAAUAAACUCCUUCAGCGGAAGUCCACGCCUACUUUCCGCCCUGAAUUUGUUUCUAGUUCCUUCAAGCAAUACGGAGUGAACGACCCCUCUAAGGACGAUUUUGUGUCUCGCUGGAUAACUUCACUUGAAUCUACCAAAGACCCUGAAACCAGCAAUCCUCCAGCCCAGGAGACUCAUCAAACAGUUGUGCGAGAGGAUGAUGGCUGGGAAUUAAUAUGGGACGAAGGUCGUUGUGAAUUCGACUUGUACAAUCGCUUCACGAAGGCAAAAAAGCCAGCCCCUCCCCGACACGGGGAACCCCUAAAGCAUGACGAUGUAGUUGUCAAUGAGAGCACCGACCCCACUGUUCCUAGUCAAACCCAGAAGCAAGACGUACUCGAGGCAGCAUUGCAAGCCGGACAUGAUCGCGUUGUUUUACAACUGUUAGGAUAUGAAAUGGACUUGAACAUAAGGACUGGUGCUAAGCGAGUAAGUCCAUUAGAAUGGGCCGCGGAGGAAGGAAACUUCCCUCUGGUAAAGCUCUUCCUCAGCAAGGGGGCCGAUGCGAAUUUCCCGAGUUUUAUCGUCCGCGGAAUGCAUAAAGGAGGGCCUGCGUUAGUCAGGGCCGUGGAGAAAGGGAAUCGAGAAAUCGCCCAGAUCCUGGUGCGAGCCACUGAUCGGGUAGCCUCAACGAGAGCUCUGGGCCUCGCCGUGUAUCAGCAGGAUAUCCCGAUGGUCAAACUCCUACUCGAAAAUAGCGUCCGUUGCGAAUUCGAAGAGGCAGAUCGGCCUCUUCCUUGGGACCCCCAAGAUAACGGCUGCUAUUUCUUCGACCGGACGGAAUCAGAGGAAUUCAUACCCCCGCUCGUCCGUGCAGUUAAGAAAGGCAAUACGGACCUCACUCGGUUACUGCUCUCACACGGGGCGGACGUUAACGCUAGCUACCAUGGUCUGCUUUGGGAUUUAUAUGAGUAUAACAUAGGAAAGGACCCGAUCUGGUUUUCAUGCGGUCGGCCCGUCGAGUUGGCUAUGGAACUGGGACAUGAUGAAAUUGUUGAAUUGUUGCUUGACAGUGGCGCUGAUAUCAAUCUCCCACGGCCUAGCUGGCCUGUGCCGGGACAUGAUUGUGGAUUGGUGCCAAGGCUAGUAUAUCAGAAGGUUACGGCGCGCUUAAGACAGGCGCUGGCGUCAAGGCAUGAUGGUGACACAUCUGUAUGAAGCAUACGAGAAUAGCAGAUUCCGACCAAAGAGUUAAUAUUGAUCAUAUGAAUUUGCUGUA